AUGACCAUUUUAUGCGUAGUGCCUGUCGUCAUGGGUCUUAUCCUCGUAGCUGCGGCCGUCUUCCAAAAAACGGGCACUAGCGACGUGCAAUCCUGGCCGUCCAGUAGUGAAGGGGACGAAGCAGACCCGUACGAGAAGAUGCAAGCAGAACACAUGGACGACAUGGAUAACGAGGAGGCUGAUAUCGAGGACUUGGAGAAUGGCGAGGAGGGCCUUACGCGACCAGCUUACUCCGACCCUUAUCCUAGAUGCGUCACGCGAUAG